AUGGGACGAGGACGAGGAUCCGGAGGGGGCGGAGCCUCCUCCUCUUCUGGCGGAAUCCCGUUAUCAGAAUAUCAGAAUAUCGAUCCGCUGGACGAGGAAUCACUAAAUGACCGUACCCAGACGGACCAGGGACUUUUUGAUGGAAAAGUUGUAAUGCUAAACUAUAAAUCAAAAGCAUCGAAAACCGAAUCAAUGGAGGCAAGAGCCAAGAAAUGGGCGGCGAAGAGUCCAGAGGAAAAAGUAUCCAAAUUCAAUAAGAUUUUCCACCCGCAAAGCACCAAAAAAUGGCCGCCAACAAUGAAGGAGCCACCAGUGGAGAGUGUCGCAUUUUUCGUGCACUCAACGAAGGGCAAAUUUGGAAUGCCGCUUAAGAAAUUUCCCGAACAAAAAUACGAUCAUCAGCGAAUUGUGGUGAAAAAGGCGGAGAACCCGGUGGAUUAUUCGAUUGAUGAGCAUGAUAUCACUUGGUUGAUGCGGAUGAACGCUCAUCAAGCGUCCCAGGGGAGGACAAUGCUCACGGUGGCCACGUUUGAGCAUUGGGUGGAUAGACUCGAGAAGAAUAGCGUUUGGAAGCCAAAAGAGCACCACAAACUCCGCGAUGAGCAUGGCGAGGAGCUAGAAGACGUGUGUAACAUUUGCCUGGAUCCAGACACCUCAAAUUGCAAUCAAAUCGUCUAUUGUGAUCGAUGCAACCUGACAGUUCAUCAAGAUUGUUACGGUAUUCCAUUCAUUCCAGAAGGAUGUCUGGAAUGCAGACGAUGUGUUGUUUCACCAGCGAAACGAGUCUCCUGUGUGCUGUGUCCAUCCAGAACUGGCGCCUUCAAACAAGUGGAUCACAAGCGAUGGGUCCAUGUUCUAUGUGUGAUUUGGGUCGACGAGACGCAUUUUGGGAAUACCAUUUUCAUGGAAAACUGCUCCGAAUCGAAAUGCACAGCGUCGUUCCACGUGACUUGCGCACGAAAUCAUGGCCUAAUCAUGCGAAUCGUCGAACUGGAUAAUGGAUUCGUGAAGAGAUUCGUUUGGUGUCCACGUCAUCGUCCCGUGGAGACGGAGGCUGAUAAAGAGCAACAUGAGAGGAUGUUGAGGAAUCAGAAGAGGGAAAAUGAGAGAAUGUUGCCGCAGAUUAGUAUGCCAACACUGACAAACGGAAUCAUCAGCCAAAUUCAAUCGGAACGCCCAUUCGCCUAUUUCCGUGAAAUCGUCCUUUUCUGGUAUCAAAAACGACAGAAUCGCCUCGGAGCACCGCUUCUGAAGACGUGGACGCCUCCUGAAUCGCUGAUUAUCGAUUUAUUCAAAACUCCAGAAGGAAGACGUCGUGGCUCAUCUGGAGUCAGAGCGACGACGACGACGACGAUACUUCUGGAUUCGGAAGAGUUGGAGAAGAAGAAAGAGGAAUUUGAAAUGGGAAUUCAGAAGGCGAUGGAGAUGUUCGCAGCGGUGAUGGACGAGGAGAAGGACAAAAUUGAAAUGCUUAAAAAUCCCCCAAAAAAUCGAUAUUUUCAGUCGAAAUCAUCGCUGAAAAUGCUGGAAUUGGGAUUCAAAACGAACGAGAUGUAUUGUGCUGAAACGCUGGAGAAUAUCAAGCGCAAGGAUACGGUAAAGGUGUUCGAGAAGCCCGUCCAACUGCCUAUCUACACGACAAUCAUAAAAAAUCCGAUAUCGUUCGAGGAAAUGACCAAAAAAGCGGCGGAAUUUAAAUAUAAUUCCAUCACUCAACUCCAAGCUGACAUUGCUCUGAUGCUCACCAAUUGCUCAAUAUUCAACAAAAAGAAUCCGUACUACUACAAGUACGGUAUCACGUUCAAACGACAAACCACACCGAUGCUGGAAGCGGCGGCUAGAGCCGAAGCGGCUCGAAGCGAGAGGAGAAAUGAUAAGGAACUGAUGACGGAGAUAUUGAACGGGUUUUUGAACGCGAAUUCUGAAGCAGGGGGAGCAGAAGACGUCGAGGAAGAUUCUGGAGCUCCUGGGGGCUCUGGAGGCUCCGGAGGAGCUGGAAAACGGGGCAGACGACGUCGGUCCCCAGGAAAGGUUAAAGACGUCAAAGAGGAAAUCAAAAUGGAAGAGGAACCUCCAGCUUCUGCUCUUCCAUCGAAACGUGGGCGGAAAAGAGCCAUCCAGGAGACGUUGGAUUCUGAAGAAGCGCCAUCCACGUCAUCUGAACCAUCUGGAGCACCUGACAUGCUCAACGCAGCGUCCACAUUCUUCAAACCGCCGCAAACUCGGCUGUUCCGUGGCGCCGGCUUCCCGGGGAUUCAUAAAAAAUUUGGAGCUUCGAUUUGUGAGACGCCGAAGACGUCGGGACCACAAAAACAAACGAAAAUGACGGCUUUUUUAACGCGGGGCGUCACUUUUGAGGAUGAGAAAGGAGGAGGAGAUAAGGAUGGGGAUCCGAAGCAGAAGACGAAGAACAAGAAGGAUAAUAAUGAGAAAAGUGACUGCCAACAGCAACACAUUCUAUUCCAAUCGAUCACAACCCCAUCAAAUUCCACCAAACUCUUCCCGAAUUCGUUCACAUCGAUUCUGGCGUCAUUCACCGGUAUUCCGACGAUACCACGUCCAGUAACACGAUCCUCGACGACGUCAACGAAUUCUGGAGACAGCGCAGCGACGUCAUCUGAAACCCCAAAAAUUCAAAAAUCCAAAUUUCGAAUCUCCUCCUCCGCCCUCCAAUCUCCGCUUCCCGACCCGAAACGCGUCGGAAUUCGUGCCAUGGAUUCAGAAGACGACGACGAUGAGGAGGAGAUUCUGAUUCAACCGAUUCAGAAGACGUUAUCACCUGAGGAGUUGAAGACUGAGCAAUUGAGAUGUGCGGAGAAUGAGUCGAAAUCAAAGUUUGCUCAUAAUCAGCUGGUUAUUGUGGAGGGAAGAGCGGCGAAAGUAAUCGAUUAUCACCUGGCGCACUUAUCAGACAUUCAUCUGGAGCAACGUCAAUCGAUGCUCAAAAAGCGUCGGGAAGUGCUCGCCGAGCUGCCAUCGUCGGCUCCAAUCUACGUGGAAUUCUUUCAAAAAUCCAAUAUUUUGGAGAAUUUCCAAUGGGUACCCAGUGAGAAAGUCGAGUUGUUGGACUUGAAUAAUUGCGCUCAAAAGGGAAAAAUCACUGGGCUGAAGGCGGCGAAGGAGUGGCACCAAAAAGUGCUCAACGGCGAGACGAUUUGA